AUGACUACCGCCGCCUCCGAGAAGCCGACCUCGAUCUCAGAGGUCGAGGCGCACCACCCGAAGCAUGAACCCAUUCAAGAUGUGGUCGAAAAGGUCGAAUACGACAGGGGGGGUGCAAUCGAUGCUGAAACUAGUGAGCACAGGAUGGGGGUGCUUGAGGCCGUCCGAGCCUAUCCCGCGGCCAGCUGGUGGGCUUUUGUCAUGUCGGCCACUAUCAUCAUGGAGUCAUACUGCGUCUUCCUGAUGGGAAAUUUCAUCGCCACGGCCAAGUUUGCCGAAAACUACGGCAAAUACAACGAUGACAAGGGGAAAUGGUACAUCACAGCUCCCUGGCAGUCAGCAUUUCAGUGCGGUGGACCAGUCGGUGCAUUCAUCGGCGUGUUCCUGGCAGGUCCCAUUACUAGCUGGAUCGGAUACCGCUGGGCGACCAUUGGCGGUCUCAUGGCCUUGAAUGCCUUCAUCUUUGUCUUCUAUUUCGGCAAUUCGUUGGGAGUGUUGUUGCUGUCCCAGCUUCUCGAAGGCAUUCCCUGGGGCGUAUUCAUUGCGAAUGCCCCCGCCUACUGCAGUGAGAUAGUGCCCCUGAGAUUGAGAGCUCCGGCGACACAAAUGCUGCAGAUGUUUUGGGCCAUUGGUUCGAUCAUUGUCGGUGGCAUCACCUAUCACUACCAAUCCAAGGACAGCGACCAGGCGUACAGAGUUCCCAUCGCCCUUCAAUGGAUGUUCCCGACGCCUCUUGCCAUCCUUCUCUACCUGGCACCCGAAUCACCGUGGUGGCUGGUGCGAAAGGGCCGUCUCGCGGAGGCAGAGAAGUCCGUCAGACGCCUCGGACGUUCGAGUGCGACCGACAGCCCUGCCGACACAGUUGCCAUGAUGCGUCGCACGAUCGAUCUUGAGAAGUCCGUGAAGAAACCAACACUCAUCGAAUUGUGGAAAGGAACCGACCGCUACCGCACACUCAUCGUGUGUGGUGUUUACGCUUCUCAAAAUCUGACAGGUAAUUUGAUCGCCAACCAGGCGGUCUAUUUCUUCCAGCAGGCCGGCAUGUCCGACAAUACUGCAUUCGCUCUAGGUCUCAUCACCUCAGCUCUCCAGUGGAUCAUGGUCAUGCUCUCUUGGGUCCUCACGACCUACCUCGGCCGACGAACGAUCUACGUCUGGGGUUCUUUCAUCAACUGUGCAUUUUUGGUCGCUCUCGGCAUCGCCGCUUCUGUCGGUGGUGGCAAUGCUGCUAAGAAUGCACAGGCGUCACUAGGAUUGAUAGUCUCUGUCCUGUUCUGCUUGGGACCUGCCCCGGCCUCAUGGGUCAUUAUCGGAGAGACAUCUUCCAUCCGUCUCAGGCCAUUGACCACUGGUGUCGGACGUGGUGCCUAUUAUGCGGUCAACAUCCCUUGCAUCUUCCUGGCUAGCUACAUGCUCAACCCGGACCAAGCAAACCUCGGUGGCAAGUGCGGCUACGUCUGGGCUGGAACUGCAUUUGUUUGCACAGUCAUGGCUUGGAUCUGGAUUCCAGAAAUGAAGCACCGAUCUUAUCGCGAGAUUGACAUUUUGUUCAAACGUCGUGUUCAGGCUCGGAAGUGGAAGAAGACUGUCGUCGAUAUCAACGACGACGAGUAG